GCGAGUCACUGUACCACAAGAACUCUUCCGGAAAAAGGCCCGCCUCCCUUUCCGUUGUCUCAUAAAUCUCCUGCCAGCCUAUUCGGGCGGCAUAAAUAGCAUAUUUUGGCUUGGGAGCGGCGACCGCGUUGCUAGCGGACGCAGGCCCUGAGAACCUCCCGAAAUUCGAUAAAUAGCCCUUCUCGAAAUAGGGGGAAAAAGAAGCCAAAUUUUUAUCCGUUUUUGUCCAUUUUCUGAUUUUCUCCCAACAAAUUCCCUCUUUCUCCUCCUUCUCCUCUCUCUCGGCCAUGGCGAUCGUGGCGGCGUUGGUGGUGGUUCCUAUUGGCCUUCUCUUCCUCCUGUCGGGUUUGGUCGUAAACCUAAUUCAGGCUACUUGUUUUGUUAUGAUAAGGCCUUUGUCAAAGAAUCUCUAUAGGAAGAUCAACAGAGUCGUGGCUGAAUUGUUGUGGCUCCAGCUCGUUUGGCUUCUUGAUUGGUGGGCAGGUGUUAAGGUACAGUUAUAUGCUGAUUCUGAAACAUAUGCAUCGCUGGGUAAAGAACAUGCAUUGGUCAUUUGCAAUCAUAGAAGUGACAUUGACUGGCUUGUUGGAUGGAUUUUAGCUCAGCGCUCAGGUUGCCUUGGUAGCACGAUAGCUGUCAUGAAAAAAACAUCAAAAUUCCUGCCAGUUAUUGGUUGGUCAAUGUGGUUUGCUGAAUAUCUCUUCCUGGAAAGAAGCUGGGCCAAGGAUGAGAACACGCUAAAGUUAGGUCUGCAACGGUUCAGGGACUUCCCCAGGCCAUUUUGGCUGGCUCUUUUUGUUGAGGGUACUCGCUUUACUCCAGCAAAGCUUUUAGCAGCUCAAGAAUAUGCAGCUUCACAGGGUUUGCCUACCCCGAGAAAUGUUCUAAUCCCUCGUACCAAGGGUUUUGUUUCAGCUGUAAAUGUCAUGCGCUCUUUCGUCCCAGCUGUAUAUGAUGUAACUGUAGCUAUUCCUAAAGAUCAACCUUCACCUACGAUGCUUAGAAUUUUGAAAGGGCAAUCUUCAGUUGUACAUGUACACAUGAAACGACAUUCGAUGAAGGAUUUGCCUCAAACAGAUGAUGGAGUAGCGCAGUGGUGUAGAGACAUAUUUGUUGCAAAGGAUGCUUUACUAGAUAAACAUAUUGCUGAGGGCACUUUUGGUGAUGAACUAAGACCAAUUGGUCGGCCAAUUAAGUCUUUGCUGGUGGUUGCAUUUUGGUCAUCUCUGCUAUCAUAUGUUGUAUUCAGAUUCUUCAAAUGGUCUGCGCUCUUGUCAACAUGGAAAGGAGUUGCAUUCUCAACAGCGGGACUGUUACUGGUCACAAUAGUCAUGCACGUAUUUAUUCUAUUUUCUCAGGCUGAACGUUCAAGCAUGGCCAGAGCAGCACGCAGACGAACAAAUAGAGAUUAGAGGGUCAACAGAUCUUACAGUGGAUUUAGUCAGUCCCGUAGGGAAUUGCAAAUUGAUGUACUGUGUGGUCAUCAGCAAAACAAGAGCCAUGUAUCUGCUACCAAUCAAGUGUGCAUUCUUGGAAGUACACUAUCAUAGGAAUGUAGGGAAUUGCAAAUUGGCAAGCUUCAUUUAUUUUCUAUAUUUUGUUAUUGGGAGAAGCAUUUGUAGCAGGAUAUGGUUCACAUGUGUAUCAAUUCUUUACUUUCUUUGCCAUGAAUUGGGUCUUGAUUACAUUUUUAUGGUGUAAUUAUCGAAUAACACGGUCAUCUAUUACCCUUGAACUGCAUGUGGAUAACUUCAGCA